CUAUCUUAGAAGCGAUACUAGGAAGAACUGCUUAAGAACUGUUUAUUGGGGUAGAUUCUAGAACCUGUUCUUUUAGUCGUACUAAGUUCCAUCAUAUUCUCCAACUGUUCAGAGUUCAAACUCUAUUCUGGCCACUCACCUGCCAUUCUCCAAGCCAUCUUCCAAGUCUGCGCCCGCUCUGCCACUUACAGCGCCCACUUACACUGCCCCCCUGUCCCCGGCCAAAGCCGAAACCCUGCAGACACGACCUUAUCGAUAAAUUAGCGUCACCAAAAUCGAACGAGAAUCCGGUUUAGAUAGCCGUAGACUUCUGUGACGUAAGGGACAUCGCGAUCACCACCCUGUCUCGUCACUUCCAUAUCUAGAUCCUCAUCCCCGCCAUGUGGUAUUACACUUCUACAGCACCCCGCGAGAAGCGCUAUCACAAAUACAAGAAGGUGCUAUACCUAGAACCACCUAUCAACGGAAGCAAAACCGUCCGCACGCGAGUCACCACUAUUGUUCCUCCUCCGGCACCCGCACCAAUACCAUCACCGCCUCCUGUCCGAGUGCUGCCUGAACCCAGACACACACCACCACCGCCUGUCAUCGUCGAGCCUCUCCCACCUCCACCACCAGCACCCGCGCCAAUGCCAAUGCCAGCGCCGAUGCCCUGUCUGCCCUACCCAGAGUCCGAGCACGACACGGAGAUCGACGUCAUCGCAGUCGACGUAGACGCGGACCAAGAAUCCACCGUAUACUCCAAAUCAUCUAAAUCAUCGACCAAGAGCUCGCGGUCAAAGAGCUCAUCUCGAAGCUCCAAGUCCUCCCACAGCAGCGGCCGCAGACAUAGCCACGAGCGCGAGGUGUACAUUGAGCGAGAGCGUCUCGUGCCCGUCCGCGUCCCCGUGCCGUAUCACGUGCACCACGUCGAGAUCGAGCAGCCCCAGCAGCAGGACAGCUUCCGGUAUAUCGAGGCACCAAGACGGUACGAGCCCCCGAGGCGACGGAGCGAGGACCACGAGAUCGUCAUUGAAGAUCACCGACACCGGAAGUAUAUCCGAGACGGCUGAACAAUCGGUUUUCCAUUGAUUCGGCUUGUGACAAUAUACUUCCUAUCUACUACUUGUUCGAAUCUUGUUUAAAUAUACACGGGAAGGAGUUUUUGAGACGCUUUGUUAAGAUUGACAUGAAACUAUGAGGAUGGACGACGGCGCACCGAGAUGACGAGACAUGUAUAAGGCAAGGCGACUUGGGUCACAGAAGGGUUAAUGGAAACGCGGAGUUUGGAAUACAUUUUUGGUUCAUCUGUACACAUCUAUGAACAUACUGAUUUUGGGGCAGAGCGGAGCGGAGUUUCCUACUAGGUAAUAUUCCUAAUGUAUAUUACGGAGCAACCUUACCAUCUAGGAUAUCGUGGUGGGAGUUGUUGCUCUGUGGUCAAGGCUAAGGCUACUUAGGUAGUAUUGGUGGUUUCUAAUAAUCAGUCAAUCCCUGACUUGUUCUAACAAACAAAUUAUACACAUCCACAACUUUUCUAUUGGUGAUACAAGCCACGAAAUAGCACCCAUCUAAAUCAUGGAAAUAGAUGCACUUUCCUACGAACCAAGAUCUAAAACAAUAGAUCAUGACACACUUCAGCCAUCCAGAAGAACACACAAUCACCACGAGAGCCAAGUCCUAUCAUCUCAACUAUG